UCGGGAGGAGGAGGAGGAGGAGGAGGAGUUGGCAGCGGCUCUGCCUGGUCAGGCGGGGCGGGAAGCGGAAGGAGGGACACCCGGCGCGGCCUCAACAAUGUCAGAAGGGGACAGUACAGGAGAGUCCAUCCAUGGCAAACCUUCAGUGGUCUUUAGAUUUUUCACAAGACUUGGACAGAUUUACCAGUCUUGGUUAGACAAAUCUACUCCUUAUACUGCAGUGCGAUGGGUCGUAACGUUGGGUUUAAGUUUUAUCUACAUGAUUAGGGUUUAUCUACUGCAGGGUUGGUACAUCGUGACAUAUGCCUUGGGUAUCUACCACCUAAAUCUUUUCAUAGCUUUCUUAUCGCCAAAGGUAGAUCCCUCUCUAAUGGAGGAUUCAGAUGAAGGUCCUUCAUUACCCACGAAACAGAACGAGGAGUUCCGACCCUUCAUUCGAAGGCUGCCAGAGUUCAAAUUCUGGCACUCUGCUACUAAAGGCAUUCUUGUCGCAAUGACUUGUACAUUCUUUGAAGCUUUCAACGUUCCAGUUUUUUGGCCGAUUCUUGUGAUGUAUUUCAUCAUGCUUUUCUGCAUUACAAUGAAGAGGCAAAUCAAGCAUAUGGUAAAAUAUCGAUAUAUACCCUUCACACACGGCAAGAGGAAAUACAAAGGGAAGGAAGAUAUGGGAAAAACCUUUGCUAGCUAGACAUCACACUUGAGCCUGCUGACCCAAUUCCCUACGUUAUAAUUAAAACUCCAGUUUUGAGCCAUUGUAACAA